AUGUUACUGAGGCCGCAUAUGAAGGAGCACGAGCAAAAGCGUGAAAGGCUCGUGUCAACUUUGGUUAUGACUCUGCGACUCUGGAGGCCGAAGAGGGCGCGAAUGAUGAGGGAGAGCUCCCUGGAGUUGAUGGCGAUGAUGGUGGCGGUGAUGACGCCGACCUUCCGGCCUGAAGAUGCCAUUGGCGGGCGAUAUUUCGGUAGUCUUGUAGUGGUUUCUCAUUCUUUAAUUGAGAUGUUUCUUUGCUCGCUCGCCCGCACGGCAUUUGUGUUCCUGCUUGAGCGAAGAGCAGAAGAUGAUGGUGGUGUAUCAUCAGAUGAAGAGUUGAGUUGUGGGGAGGUAGAAGGACAGAGAAGUGAGGAUAAUGAACUAAAGGGCAGACUCCUACGUAAGUUUGGGAGUCACCUAAGUAGUCUAAAAUUGGAGUUCUCAAAGAAAAAGAAGAAAGGAAAGCUACCAAAAGAGGCAAGGCAAAUGUUACUUGCAUGGUGGAAUGACCACUAUAGAUGGCCUUACCCUACGGAAGGAGAUAAAAAUUCACUAGCAGAAUCAACGGGACUAGAUCCGAAGCAGAUCAACAAUUGGUUUAUAAACCAAAGGAAGAGACAUUGGAAACCAUCAGAGAAUAUGCAGUUAGCUGUUAUGGAUAAUCUUAGUGGCCAAUUCUUCUCAGAUGAUUGAGUCGACAUUGUAUCCCUCAUUUCUCUUUACAUAUAUAUAUUUUUGGAUAAUUACUAGAAAAAGAAAGAUUAUAUUUUGCUAAUACUGAUUAAUCCAGUCUCUAUACAAAUAAUGGUAGAGAUUAAUGUUGAAUUCAGCUUCAUGUAAAUAUUCAAGCUAACUGCUACAAUGCUUACCCAAUAUCAGAAAAUGCCUGCUUUUUUUUUUUUUGAUAACAUGAGUCUUGCUCAUAUUAGAAUGAGAACGGAGGCUAGAGUGGUCGUAAGAGAUCCUUUGCAUUUUUAAGCUUGGAUCAUCUUUGGAUUUUGCUGUGUGGAUAUGAGUUCUGUCAAUACAUUAUUUAAAUUAAAAUUCCUUCUUUUUAGAGAUAUUGGAAUUCACCAAAACUCUCUUUACAAGAGUACUCUUGCUAGCUAAGCUAGCUAGAGACAUGUAAUUUUUAGUGAAAUUGGCCAAUUUGUCUGAAAUUGUAUACGGCUAAAAUCGGAGAGUUCGAUUUUGUGGUCAUUAUGGCAUUUCGCAGCCCAUCUUCAGAAGCCUCGAGGCACAACUUGAGGUUUGAUCCUGAUGGUUCCCUAUUCUCGGCCUCGGAGCAGUGCAAAUCGGUGACUAUCUUAGACAAGCGGAAAAUUCCCAAAAGGCACGUGGUUAAAGCUGACUAAGUCUACAAGAAUAGUACAUGUCCGUACCGUGAUAUUAAAUAGUUGUACCAGCUACAUACCUUUGUAAUAAAUGCAUAUGUACUAUGUUGGGAUU